CAGUCCACAGAUCUGGUCCGCGGCCACUUCCUCGUCGACGACCGCUUGAAGCGCACGCCGUUGGCCAAAGCUCGCCAAGGGGAGGGAUCGCGCGGCGGAUGGAAAGGUGGGGAGGGGGAGUGAGAGAGCUCUCCCCAGCCUAUGAAGCCGAGCAGCUUCGACGCCGGAUUCACAGACGCCUAUAAAAGUGGCGCCGGCAGCGGAGCGCUCCCCCUUUCCAAACAGCAUUUCUGAGCAACCCAGAGAAGCGCGCGAGGAGCGCACUUGGAGACGUCGCGGAUCCUCAAGCGGCUUUGCCCCCACCGUCGCGGGGCUGUUGCUUCCAGGCGCGCCCCCCCCUUUCCUUGCGCCUUCCUUCCCGGGCUCUCCAGGGUGGAGGGGCGCAAGGCGCGCGGUUUCUCUGCCGGGGAAGGCGCUGAGGAGUGAGAUGACUUCGGUUCCCGCGGCCAACUGGAGCGGCGGCGGCGCUGGCGCGGAGCUGGGCAGCUGGAACGAGAGCGUAUCCCCGACGGCCGGGAACUGGUCGGCGGCCUCGUUCCCGCUGGCGCCCGCCGCCAACUUCUCCAACCGCUUCGCGCAGCCGUCGUGGUGCAUAGCGCUAUGGUCCUUGGCGUACGGCGCCGUGGUGGCCGUGGCCGUGUUCGGCAACGUGGUGGUGAUCUGGAUCAUCCUGGCGCACAAGCGCAUGAGGACGGUCACCAACUAUUUCCUGGUCAACUUGGCUUUCUCCGACGCCUCUGUGGCCGCUUUCAACACGCUGGUCAAUUUUAUCUACGCGCUCCAUGGAGACUGGUACUUCGGAGAGGCCUAUUGCCGCUUCCAGAACUUCUUCCCCAUCACCGCCGUCUUCGCCAGCAUCUACUCCAUGACCGUCAUUGCGGUGGACAGAUAUAUGGCUAUUAUUGACCCCUUAAAACCUAGACUGUCUGCCACAGCUACGAAAGUGGUAAUUGCAAGCAUAUGGAUUCUGGCGUUCCUGCUUGCCUUGCCACAGUGCCUCUUUUCCAAGACGAAUGUGAUGCCCGCAAGGACUUUGUGCUACGUUUCGUGGCCAGGCGGCAUGAAACAGCGAUUUACGUACCACGUCAUUGUGAUCGCCCUUGUCUAUUGUUUCCCACUGCUUGUCAUGGGUAUCACUUACACAAUCGUUGGAAUUACCCUUUGGGGCGGAGAGAUCCCUGGUGAUACAUCUGACAAAUAUCACGAGCAGCUGAAAGCCAAGAGGAAGGUGGUUAAAAUGAUGAUUGUUGUCGUCCUGACAUUUGCAGUCUGCUGGUUGCCGUACCACAUUUAUUUUAUAGCUACUGGCAUCUAUGAGAACUUGGGCCGCUGGAAAUACAUUCAGCAAGUCUACUUAGCCACCUUCUGGCUUGCUAUGAGCUCCACCAUGUACAACCCGAUCAUCUACUGCUGCCUCAAUAAAAGGUUCAGAGCUGGUUUCAAGAGAGCUUUCCAGUGGUGUCCUUUCAUCGAAGUAUCUAGUUACGAUGAACUGGAACUCAAGACAACCAGGUUCCACCCUACCAGGCAAAGUAGCCUUUACACAGUUUCCAGAAUGGAAUCCAGCAUGUCGGUGGUAUUUGACCCCAGCGAUGGAGAAACCACCAAGUCUAGCCGCAAGAAAAGAGCUCCUUCACAGGAACCCAGCUUCAAUGGUUGCUCACACAGGAGCUCCAAAGCCAUGUCAACAGCAUCGAGUUACAUCAACUCCCCAUAUACAUCGGUGGACGAGUACUCCUAAAGUCUUAGGUGGAUGUGGGAGAAAGGAGUAUUGCUCAUAGGACAAUGCUUAGAACAGGCAUGGCCAAACUUGGCCCUCCAGAUGUUUUGGGACUACAACUCCCAUCAUCCCUAGC